AUGACACAGUUCACAGCAUAACAACAGUCACAGCCGCGACCGCGACUUACAGGACGUGGACUAUACGAGAGCUUGCAAGUGCAUAACCGUAUAAAAAUGGAGACUAAACGAAUAAUUGAGUGCGUUCGCAAAAGGGAAUUUCUGUAUAAUUUUAAAUUACAGGAUUACAAAAAUACUUCAAAAAAACAUGAAGCCUGGGAGCAAAUAGCCACAGAAUUAGAUCUAACGGCCACGGAGUGUAAAGCCAAGUGGAACCGUGUUCGCAAUGCGUUCGCCCAUGCCAUGUCUAGAAGAAAGGCAGGUGAAGGAAUGAAGAAUUACGUAGAAUGGAAAUAUGAAAAUGAAAUGGCCUUUUUGUUACCAUUUAUGGUAAAUAAGAACAAUAGGAACUCCACUGCAACACCAGUUGCAGAAUACCUGCUGGUAACAAAUCAAUCAUCCGAUGAAGAUAUAGUCGAAGAAUCCUUUAACACAAAUAACACCCCACGAAGAAAACGGCACUCGAUGAAAGAAACAUCUCCGGAGAGGUCUGAAAAAAAUGAUAUCAACUUAUUUUUUGACAGUAUCGCAGAGACUGUUAAGAAGUUUCCCAAAUUAGAGCAAGUUAAAUUAAAAUUUAAUAUUAUGAAAAUGGUUAACGAGAUAGAAAUGAAGACGUGUUUGGAAUACGACGGAGCUUCGACUUGGAAAUCUUCACCGUCCUAUAACCAUAAUUUUUCUCCUUAAUCAUUAUAUUCACCUUCACCCCAGCAGAGAUAUGAUUAUGACACUCAUUAUUCCAUUUCUUCUCCUGACACUCACCAAGCUGCUCCUCCACAGUUCAUACCUCAGUCUUCACCUCCAUCCCAUAUUGAACUCAACUGUUCCUACUGUCACGCAGCCAGUCUACUCUCCUCAAUUCAUACCUCAUAAAGCUAGGAACAUACUACGCGGACGUCUGUCGUAAAUCGACCGCGAUCGCGACCGACCAUCAGUGUGCACGGAACAAAACAUCCAACGAGCCAGAUUUCGAUCGGACGUCCAUGCGCUCAAAG